GACUGUCACAAGAAAUUGAACUCCGUCGGACCGCAAUCUCGGAGUCAAAAGCUUAUCGGGACCACAAAGAUUCGUCGCAUCGAUUGAGGAACGCCAGAAGAUAGAAACCAGCAUUCAUUAUGGUUCACGCGGUCUACCUGGCAUCCCUAGCCGGUCAAGAUGAACCAGUUCUCUUGUAUUCACGCUCGUUCGCUGCUGGGCUCCCCACGAAAACCUCAGCACUCGAUACCUUUUGUGCUUAUAACUCUCAGGGCGUGGACUCGAUACCAGCGGAAUCCGAAGAGGAUCCCCAUCAAUUGAUGCGCGUAUACGAAGGGAACGACGUCCUGGAUGCGAUCCUGUCGGAGGGGAAGAACGAGUUCCUGAAAGCGUCGAAUCAGAGCACUAGAAAGGAGAAGAAGAAGGAUUUCGCCAGCGGAACAUUCCCUAUCAAGGACACGCGUUUGAUGGUUCACUGGAUGUCUUCGCUCAAGGGAACAGCCCUGAUGAUGAUUGCGUCGACGAGCGCGAAUGCUUCGAUCGUCCGCUCGAACAUGCGUUCGAUCCUGACCUCCUUGGCAGCCCGGAUCCGCUUGGAUCAACCUCGCGACGUCUUCCUGAAGGCUCACGUCGUGUCGCUGACUCUAAAAUAUUACCUGCCCUGUGGCCAACUGCUUCUGCACCCCACCGGAAUGACGAAACAGAUCGACGGAACGAUUGCGAAACUGUUGAAGUGAGCAACACAGCCGUCUCGUCCUCAGCUUUAUGUAAAUAUAUCAGAACUACGAAAUGUCUGCAAAUAGAAUUUUGAACUCCUCCCUCUGGAGACUCCACUGAGCCCGGGGCUCUCCUGCAGAGGAACGAUUGAGCUUGGAGGGAGCGGCCGAAACUCGAUCUCGAGUAGAAAUAUAGGGAAACCAAGAAAUUGUCGUUCUCUGCACUUUUUAUUCAACCUCACCUUAUCAAAUCUUAUAUUCGAGGGAAGGUUCUACGUGAUUGGAAUAUAUUAAGGUAGAAAAAUGCUCAUCCGACAAGGGAUAUUCCUUUCAAGGCUCCGGAAUCUCUCGCGAUGUCGGAGCCGCUUCCAAACUCCUAUGAUUCGUUUCACUGAAGUCAUUACAUACUUCUUGACUGAGCCCUUGGGGGCCCCUGGCUCAUCGCGCAAUCUUGUUUUUAUGCAUUCGAUGUACACUGUGUCAUCAUUCAUUGAUCUCGUUCGAAGACUUUGGCAAAGCAGAAAUGAGAAUCAUAUGAAACUAAUGUCAGAU